CCAUGCCGUAUGCAGAUUUCCUCCACCGAACGAAAUCCAGGACGGAGAUUUUACGGCUGUUCGAAGAGAAAUAAUCAAUGCGAUUUUUUUGCGUGGGUGGAUAACGACAUGGCCUAUCAGAUGACGAUGGUCAGGAAUUUGAAAAGUGAGGUUAAUGGCAUGACUGAAGAACGCAACAAAGCUCUACUGGAACUAGUUCAUGCCCAUACUCAGGUGGCGGCUAAAACUGACGAACUGGAGCAACUUAAUGAGGCCUUCGAGGGAUUGAAGGAGUCCAUUGAGAUGUACCACGAAGAAAAUGUGCUUAUGAUCCAGGAUAGUGGUCUGCAACUUAUGGAGAUAAACACUCUGAAGAAACACGUCAAGCUGAUGGAAGUCAAGUGCUCAGACAUGGAGAGGAAAAACAAGAUCAUGAGGCUUGGUUUUUUUGUGGCAUUUACAAUUGCCGGUUGCAGUUUAUCCGUUGCUUGUUUGAAGAAAAAAUGAUGCAUUUUCUAUUAAGUGACAAUGGCUUGUGUUUGUGCAGUGUUGUUAGUAAACUGCGUUCCAAUAAUUUUUUGUAUUAUCUUAAACUCAUUUAAUUUGCUUGUUGGGAAAACUUUGUGUGAUUCAAAAAUUUAAAUUACAGUACUGUCGUUGAUUACAUAAUUUAAGUGCAGGUGCUGUCUUUCAUAAUUAAAUAUAAGUUCAGGUGCUGUCUUUCAUAAUUGGUCGAAAUGUCAAGGGCUAUAUUAGACUUCACAGAGAAAUAAACCGCCAAAAAAAUGAAAACUUAAUGGCAAAGAUUAGCAAUGGGUUUUCCAAGAAACCCUUUCAUUACACCCGUUCCAUCAGUUGUAUUGUUCCAAUGCAGCCUCUUCGUUAACCACAACCACUAACACAAAGGGCAUGUAAAGAAAUUGAAGAGUCAUGAUGGUAACUUAUUUAAAUAGGCAACCACAGCAACUGAUUCAACCAUUUCAGAUUACA